AUCUAUUACAUUUGCAUGCACUCUAAUAAAGCUAUUCGUCUUCCAGACGACUCUGUACACCUAGAAGAAGCUCUAGAUGUGAACCCCCACCACCUGACUCUGAACCCCCACCCGACUGUGAACCCCCACCACCCGACUCUGUACCCCCACCACCCGACUGCAUCUGGUGGAAGUGGCAUAACUGUAGGUGCAGUAGUUGGAAUUCUGGCUGGAGGAGACUUCAUUAUAUUACUGAUUUUUGGUAUUCAUUGGAGGAGAGACCUCCUAGGAACACCCUAUACUUUGGAGGAGAGGCCUCCUAGGAAUACUUUGGAGGAUGAUUUAAAGGGCGUGGACCUGCAAACUGGUAAAUUUAGCUUCAGGCGACUCAAAGAUGCCACAAACAACUUUGACAAAGCCAAUAAGAUUGGAGAAGGAGGUUUUGGUUCUGUUUACAAGGGCCUUCUAUCAGAUGGCACCGUAAUUGCUGUCAAGCAGCUUUCUUCCAAAUCAAAGCAAGGGAAUCGUGAAUUUGUGAAUGAGAUAGGCAUGAUUUCUGCUCUGCAACACCCUCAUCUUGUCAAGCUUCACGGAUGCUGUAUUGAAGGAAAUCAACUAUUGCUUGUCUAUGAGUACAUGGAAAAUAAUAGCCUUGCUCGUGCUUUGUUUGGUAAAUAUUACUCUUGUAUGCCUAAAAUCUGUCUUGGUAUAGCUAGAGGUUUGGCUUACCUCCACGAGGAAUCAAGAUUGAAGGUCGUUCAUAGAGACAUCAAGGCUACUAAUGUGCUUCUUGAUAAAAAUCUUACCCCAAAUAUAUCUGACUUUGGAUUGGCCAAGCUUGAUGAAGAGGAUUAUACACACAUUAGCACCCGUAUUGCUGGAACUUAUGGAUAUAUGGCGCCUGAAUAUGCAAUGCGGGGUUAUCUUACUGAUAAAGCAGAUGUUUAUAGCUUUGGAAUUCUUGUAUUGGAAAUUGCUAGUGGGAGGAACAACACCACUUACAGAGGAAAGGAAAAAAGCUUUUAUCUUCUUGAUUGGGCACAACUACUAAAAGGGCAAGGGAAUUUGUUGGACCUAGUGGAUCCAAGGUUGGGGUCAGACUUCAACAAAGAAGAGAUGAUGCUUACAAUCAAUGUGGCUCUCCUCUGCUGCAAUGUCACUUCAACAGUUAGGCCUACCAUGUCUUCAGUUGUGAGCAUGCUUGAAGGCAGGGCUGCUGUUCAGGAAUUGGUCUCAGAUCCAAAUGCCUCA